AUGAAGAUCUUCACUAAUCAGCCUCAGCCCCGUCCCCCGCCGCAACUCAAAAAUAAUAGGAUGAAAUUACCAAUUUGCUUGGCUUCCUGCGUUCUCGAGAUAGCAUACGAUUACGAACCAUCUCUUUUUAAUAGAUACGAUGAGGAAUAUAGGACACCUCUUUCCAAUGCGGCAAGCAUAGGUUAUCUUGAUGGAGUUCGCUUCAUAGUGGAGAAAUUUGCUGACCCCACGUACUGGAGAGAUCCAUUCGGCUGGUGCUGUCCUAUUCACAUGGCAGCCAUGAAAGGCCACGUAGAAAUCGUCCGAGAGUUCCUAGAACGUUUCCCUGAUUUGAGAGAGAUACUAAACGGGUCCGGUCAAAACAUCCUUCAUAUGGCCGCCGAGAGUGGCAGAGCCAAGGUUGUUAGCUAUAUUCUCCAACUGCCGGAGCUUGAGAUGCUUAUCAAUGAAACAGAUGAAGGAGGAAAUACCCCACUACAUUUGGCCACCGUUAUGGCUCAUCCAAAGGUUGUAAGUAUUCUCACAUGGGACAAGAGAGUUAGGUUUGACCUAAAGGAUGAUAAAGGCCACACCGUCAUGGAUGCUGCGCUGAUGUCCUUCAACAGGAAUUCGCCAUCUUUUCAACAGCGGCUAACGUGGUUGGCAUUGAAACAUGCAAAUGCACCAAGAGGCAAGGAUAUUCCUACCACCCAGACACCAAGACGUGGUACAGGCGAAUAUAGGAUGUUGUAUGUUGCCCGGAGACCAAAUCUUGAUGCUUACAAAGAUAUGACAACGUCGUUCAUGUUGACGGCAACACUUAUUAUGACCGUGACAUUUGCUGCUGGUCUUGCAGUGCCUGGUGGAUUUAGCACUGAUUCCAAUCCCAAGGGUGUGGCAGUUUUGGGCAAAAAGGCAUCAUUCCAGGCAUUUGUGAUCACCAAUACAAUGGCUUUUUACAGCUCCAUGUUGGUUGUCCUUGCACUCGUAUGGGCGCAAAUGGGUGAUUUAUAUCUAAUCAAAUCUUUCCUCAAAUUGGCAGUUCCAUUACUUGGUCUAUCUCUGACAACGGUCUCUCUGUCAUUCAUGAUGGGCGUUUCUCUUGUGGUGAGCAACCUUAGUUGGCUACCUUGUGUUGUUUUACUCGUGAGCUCUAUCUUCCUUUUUUCUGGCUUGACACUCUUGCUUCUGCCCUCUCUCCCGGCUUCCCUCAACCAUCAAGCAUUGCGCUACAUCGUUUACUAUCCAUUUUGUCUUCUGAUAUUUAUUGCCGAAUUGAAUCCCCAAGGUGAUGUGGAGCCAGAUUAUGACAGUGAUAGUGAUGAAUAUUCAGAAGACAAAGAAUCAGAUGAAAAAGAGCCAGAUGACAAAGAAUCCAACAAAAAAGAGCCAGAUGACAAAGAAUACGACCAAAAAGAGCCAGAUGACGAACAAGAACCAGAUGAUGAAGAAUCAUAUGAUGAAAAUGGUAUAGUAGGUUUAGAUGAUGUGAAACACGAUCAUUGUUGA